AAAAAAAGAAUGAGUUCCGAUCCGACGCAGCCACCUGCUGACGCAUCCGCCCCGUCCACCACCGACAAGGCUCGAGGUCCCGCCGACCACGCCAGCGCCAACGGCCCCUCGACCGACGCCAGUGACUCCAAGCAGAAGCAUUCCCUCCUCGGCGUCCCCCAGUCUGGCCCCCAGCAGUCGACCGACUCCCACACGCCCACCACGGGUCUCAGUGGCGCAACCACGGCCGCCGACGCCGAGAGCGUAGGACGAGGCUCCAAGCGCAGCCUCAUGGGCAAACGACGGGCUGCCAGCACGGCGAGCAGCAAACGCUCUCAGCCACGUGCUGCCGCCUCCGAGAAGACGGAGCAGCCGCCCCCGGUCCCCGCCGCCCCGAACCGCCCAGCGUCGACGCGGAGCAAGACACGCAAGGGCGGUCUGCUGUCUUGCCUGCCCUGCUUUGCCCCCAAGGAGUCUCGCUUGACGGGCGACUCGACGCCUCCCGAGAAUGUCAAGCAGGCCCAAAAGGUGCCCGCUGGACGCACCUCGCAGUCGACGCCCGUCAAGAAGCAGGAGCCAGUCGUCGCCGAGUCCAGUAAAAUUGACUCCAAGGAGCCGCUCGACGAGAAGACGGGCGCCGACGCAUUGGCGCCCACGUCUGCCGACAAGCCCAACAACGGCGAUGGCACAGCCGAGCAACCCGCUGCUGAAAAUGGUCCCCAGGUGGUGACAAGGAGUCCGUCGCAGAGACAACAGCAAGCAGAAGCUCCUUCUCCGCCUCAGCCCGCCACACUGCAGACGGGCCACCCUCAGAUCAACGUGACGAACCCGACGCCUGUCGCUACCCCAGUCCUGCCCCGCCCCUCGGCCGAGCAGCAGCGCAUAAUAGAGGACCAGACGGAGGAGCAGAAGCAGAUUGACAACGACAUUGAGAUGAAGGAUGUCCCCCUUUCGUCCAACGACGUCCCUCACGAGGGCGAGACGGCCGCCGGAGCCGACGCUGAGCAGGCAAAGGUCGAUUUGCCUCCUCCGCCACCGCUCGCCGAGCGACAGGUUGCUGUGCAGGACCAGAGCGCCGACGUUGGCGAAGCCCCCGAAGAGCAAAAGUUCCUCCUGGGGCCCAUUGCACCCAGGUUCCAAGGGAAAAAGUGUCUGGUUCUCGACCUCGACGAGACCCUGGUCCAUAGCAGCUUCAAGAUUCUGCACCAAGCAGACUUCACUAUCCCUGUGGAGAUUGAAGGCCAGUACCACAACGUCUAUGUCAUCAAGCGACCGGGCGUGGACCAGUUCAUGAAGCGAGUGGGCGAGCUGUACGAGGUUGUCGUCUUCACGGCAUCCGUUUCCAAAUACGGUGACCCUCUCCUCGACCAGCUCGACAUCCACGGCGUUGUUCACCACCGGCUUUUCCGCGAAAGUUGCUACAACCAUCAGGGCAACUACGUAAAGGACCUUUCGCAGAUUGGCCGCGACCUCAAGGACACCAUCAUCAUCGACAACUCGCCUACCUCGUACAUCUUCCAUCCGCAACACGCCGUCCCCAUCAGCAGCUGGUUCUCUGACGCACACGACAACGAACUCCUCGACCUGAUACCGGUGCUCGAGGAUCUCGCGGGCCAGCAAGUCAGCGACGUCAGUCUGGUGCUUGACGUGGCUUUGUAAGCACGCUCGAGAUGAUAAUGACAAAAGAGGAUACCCUUUGCGCAUACCCCUGUCAUUGCGCCGACAUCACUUUUCUUCGGGCGCAACUGUAGGAUGUGAUAGUCCUACUUCUGGUCUGUACCUUGUAAUCAGCUUUUAAUCUGCAUAAAACGCGGCUCAGUGGGCGAGGGAU